AGCAGCAGCUGCGGCGGGCGCCGUCACGAGCGGAACGACAGAGCAAGAACGGUUGGACGCUUGCAGGCUUGUCUCGCUCUUGCUGACAGACGGGGACCGCUUUCACAGGCAGGCAGGCGUGUCGGAGACAGGGUUGAGUUCAAGAACGAAGCGAUGGCCGACACUGGGGCGAGCACUUCCAACAGCGGCAGCAGUAGCUCGAGCUCCUCGGAUUCGGAGCGGAAUGCCUUAGGCGGUUCGAGGCUCGUCACGGGUCCGACCAGACGACCAGGCUUCCAGCGACUCGAGUUGCACGAGCUCCUUCAGGUGCGCCAGAUGCAGGCGGCGGCGCGGCGGAUGACAGAUGCAGCCGCCCGCGGCGAUGGCGCAGACACCGCGCUCGAUUCUUCAGCGACGUCUGCCCGCGCGUUGCCGGAUCCGGCUCCGGCAGCACAGGCAAUCCCCAUCGUGAGUACGUGUUCUUCACGCGGGCUCCGAAUUAGCAGCAGCUGCGGCGGGCGCCGUCACGAGCGGAACGACAGAGCAAGAACGGUUGGACGCUUGCAGGCUUGUCUCGCUCUUGCUGACAGUCAGGGACCGCUUUCACAGGCAGGCAGGCGUGUCGGAGACAGGGUUGAGUUCAAGAACGAAGCGAUGGCCGACACUGGGGCGAGCACUUCCACCAGCGGCAGCAGUAGCUCGAGCUCCUCGGAUUCGGAGCGGAACGCCUUAGGCGGUUCGAGGCUCGUCACGGGUCCGACCAGACGACCGGGCUUCCAGCGCCUCGAGUUGCACGAGCUCCUUCAGGUGCGCCAGAUGCAGGCGGCGGCGCGGCGGGCGGCAGAUGCAGCCGCCCACGGCGAUGGCGCAGACACCGCGCUCGAUUCUUCAGCGACGUCUGCCUGCGCGUUGCCGGCUCCGGCUCCGGCAGCACAGGAACACGCCGGGCCUAAUGUAGUCGUCAUUCGAGCAAACUGGCGCAUGAACCCCAGGCACGUGACCAUCCUGGAGGCGAUGGCCGUCAUUUUUUCCAUCGCCUUUCUCCUCUACCUGGGAUCGAUGCUGUGGAUUCGCGUCAAGGACCAGGGUCUUCUCCACGCAAGCUCCCGGACGUCGCACGCAGAACACGCGGAUCUACCACUUUUUUCUGGCUGCCAUGAAACGGCAUGCCACAAGUAUAUGGCCGCUAUAGAGCUUUCGAUUAAUCGAUCUCAAGACCCGUGCCGAAAUUUCUACCGCUUCGUCUGCGACGGGUGGAAACGCCAACACCACCUGCUGUCCGUCGUGAAUGCCGCGGAAGAUGCGAUGUACGGUCGCGCGCUUAAAGCCAUCGAGUGGAGCACCGAACACGGCGGCAGCCAGUAUUUCGCAGCGCCUUCGCCGUUGAGCGUCGAGAAGAAGGUAGCCGGCCUCACCAAGUCGUGCAUGGAGCUUUCGCAGAGCAGCUUGCCCGACCUCAAAAGGUUCAUGGCCGCGCGCCAUCUCCCGUGGCCUAAGACGUCUCGCUGGGAUCUGCUAGAGAUUCUGCUCGAUCUGUCUGGCAACUGGAACGUGCAUCUGUGGUUCCACGUGAGCUUCGAACUGGCUCCUCUUCGCGGAGGGACCGGGGAGCCCGUGCUAAAGAUUGGCCACAGCGCUGGCUUUCAUGCCUGGAUUGCCACCACGCGGGCGUUCGCCGGUCAGCCAGCGGGGACGGCAGCGUCGCUCCGGUACCGGCGGUACGUGCGAGCCAUGUUACGGCUAUUCGAUGCUUCCGAAGCGGUCGAAGACGAUGUCAUCGCCAAAAUAGAGGCAAUGGACCGGCUGACACUUCAGGUGCUGGGCCCCGCGAUGGCCGAGCCCGACAGGAGAAUUCUGCGCAUGUCGAUCCGCAACCUCACAGACACGGCGACUCCGGGCAUUGCUGCUGGACGGCUGCUGCUCCUGUUGAACGAGUACUUCAUCUGGGCACGCCGCUUUUCGGCUCGGGACAUCGUGCAAGUGGAAAACGCCGGCCUGCUUCGGUCCGUCGUCUACCUACUGGGACUCGACUCCGAUACGCGAGAGGCGCUCACGCUGAGCCUAGGCCUUCGCGUUGCCCACGAGUUGGGCUGGAUGGCUAGCCGAGAGAUCGCGGAUGCCACGCUGGAGCUUGCUGGCUUGCCUCCGUCGGCGCAUCGGCGACGCUGCCUGAUUCAGGUCGAAAGCGCGGUGGGCAUCGGGUGGCUCAGUUUGUUCCCGAAGCACCGAGGCGCCGAGGAUGUCGUUCGGGACGUGCGGGACGUUCUCAAUGACGCAGUGGCCCGCCGCAAGGAGGCCUUGCUCCAGCUUUGGGCCCCGGGCGCCAUUGUGCCGUGGAACAACGAGACCUUCUUGGCAAGCGUUCUGCCAGAACCGUCGCGCGGAGCUCGCUUCUUCGUCGACUGGUUGAACCUGAUGAACGGGCGCUGGCGCCUCCUGGAGCGAGACGUCACGAACGUUCUCAAGCCGGGUUCCUUUCUUCGCCACCGAUGGAGCUUUCACGGCGCGCUCACGGUCGCCGAAAACUACUUUGUGUUCCCGUUUUUCCAUUCAGACUUUCCGGCGGCCGUUAACUACGGCGGCGCCGGACGCCUCCUCGCUGACGAAGUGCUCAGGGGCCUGUACCACGAUCGUCUCUUCAACGUGAGCCCCUUUCGCAAGCAAGAGACCCGCAACAAUAACGUUCAACAGACCAGCGGCGCUUCCACUGCACCACAGGAGUGGUUGCCAAAUGAUGUGGACUUAAAGGCUCUCCUGGCCAGCCUGGCUGCCUACAGGCUAAGUAUUGCUCGAAACGCAAGCAGUGUGUACGCCAAAGAUUCGAGCCUCGCGCAAGACAGGCUCUUCUUCGUGGCGUCUUGCUACGCUCUGUGCUCCAGCGGCAACCACGUGGACGUGCUGUACGGGGAUGCAAGCCAUCGCUGCAACGUGCCCGUCAAGGCGCUGCCCGAGUUUGCGGCAGCGUUUCAGUGCGUGAAAACACAAGCUCUGCGAUAGGCUUCGCAUGACCAUUACUUGUCCUCUUUCCUUCACGCCCGUGGCGGCUGGUAAUGAUGGUGACGCGUAGCUUAUUAAAAUUCUUCUGAGGCGUUA